AUGGAUGAAAUAUGUCUUUUAGCCUUGAUUGGCUUGCCAGCUGUUGGCAAAACCAGUUUCUGUAAAUUGCUGUUACAAAUUGAGUCAGUGCCCUUUAACGUUUGUCACAUCUGUUAUGAUGAGUUCAUUGACAUCUCAGAGGAGAAUCUGGUUAAUUAUAAAGAGCAAAGGGAUAAGUUAUUAAAUACGUUAGAUAAUAAAAUAGGGGCUUGGAAAAGUUUUAAAAUUUUUAAUGAAACUUUGAUGAAAUCUUGUUCUGCCUACAAGGAUAAUGGCAGGAAUCGCUUAUUAAUAUUGUGUGAUGACAAUCACUUUUAUGGUAGCAUGCGUUAUCGCCUAUACCAAAUUGCCCGUAAAUAUGGUUUGUCAUAUGGCCAAAUUUUCUUCGAUUGUACCCUGGAUUUGGCACUGCAACAAAAUACUGUGAGAGAGGGAUCACAUAGAGUACCCGAAGAGGUCGUUACAAGAAUGUAUACAAAAUUGGAAGUUCCAGACCUGAAGAACAAUUCCUGGGAACAAAAUACUUUCACUUUGGCUACUGAAAAUUUAAAUAAGGAAUAUAUUUCUUUGAAUUUAGUUCCAUUUAUUGUUAGAAAUUUUGCUGUGCCUCUAAAACCUUUAGAAUUUCCAGCUACAUGUCCCACAAAACAAUCUCAGGUCCAUGAAUUAGACUUGUUAAUGAGAAAACACAUAGGAACUGUAAUUAGUAAGAUUCCACCAAAUGUAAAUAAGAAACAAAUUGCUUUAGUUUUAAAUGAUAGUCGUAAGGACAUUCUUGAUGAUUGUAAAGCUUUGGAACACUUGGUAGAUGCUGAUAUAAGGAACUUUUUACAGUUAUUUGAAGGCAAAAUUGAAUCUGUUUUAAAUGGUCAUAAAUUAGCUGAAGAUAAAUAGUAAUAAAGAAUGUUUUCAAUAAAACUUUUACAAAAAAGUGCAAUGACUUUCGUUAGAAUAACAAUGCUUUGGGGUCCCCGACAGAAGUCCAAACUUAAACAUUUGUUAAAAAAGUGUCUUUAAAUCCAUUUCUUGAUUUCUUGUAUCGUUUUGUUUAUUUUUGAAGUACAUAUAAACUACAUUUAAAUAUUCGUAUAUAUUCUAAAUUCUUAUUGAUUUAAAAUGCUUUCAUCGCACUUAUUUUUUUUACUUUAUUUUAUUUCAUCUAUUAACUAGAAUAUUUUUUCAAUACAUACUAAGAAUGAGAGCAACUACAAAAUACAACAAGUUUUUCAUGUUUCAGUUUAUUUUUUAAUUAAUGUAGUUGUUUGUGUUUUUUCAAUCAUUUGAGAAUGUAAUAAAUUUGAGAUAUGAUAAAAACGACUUGAGCAAAUAAACAAACACAGGUGGGCAAGUGUAAAGAAGUUCGUUUGAAAAGGUUAAUGACAAUUACUUGUAAAACGGAAAUGUAUGUUGAACUGUAAAAGCUUCUUGAAGUAGAGGAAAGAAAGGGAGUCUCAAGAAGAAUACUGUAAGACAGACUCAGAAUUCUUUCAACAAAACUUUCUUUUGCUGCAAUUUUGUUGCACAAGUUUCACCCGUGGUUUCUUUAUUUGCCAGGUUUUUUCUGUACAUAUUUA